AUGUCAGCAACAAAAAUCGCAUUUUGCGCCUGCCUUCUUAUUCAGAACAUUUAUGGACAAAGCAUCGGGGCUACGUUAAACAAAGGUUUACAAGGAAAUGGGAUUGCCACAGCAACUCCGCUUACAGCAGCAAAUCCUCUAACAACAGCGAACAACAUAGCAACUGCCAAUAAUUUAGCAGUUGCCAGUAAUAUAGCGGCUACUGAAGCUUUAUCAACACCUUUAGUCAAUCUAUUAGGAUAUGAAAAGAAAUUAGGGGGCCUAAAAAUUGAUGAGAUCAUGGCUUCUAAUGGCAGGGGUUUCCAAGUCACUAGUUCAUCACCAGUUGCUCCUCACGGUUUAUCAGUUUUUUCUGAGAAUUUAGUAGCUGAAGGUCCAUUAGUUGUUACUGGUGAACUACCGUUUUUGAGCAGUGUUUCCGUUGAAGGUCAAUUACAAGCCACUGGACAGGGUGCCGUUUCUUAUGGUUGUGGAAACGGUAAUGUUGGUAUUACAAAUGAAGGCACUGGUCCCUCAGGCCCAGUAGGUAGUAUGCCUUACGGUGGACCUAUGGGGCAAGGUUUUGGUCUAAACGGAUAUGGUUACAAUAACCUUGUCAGUAGUAUUCCAAAUGAAGUAGCAGCUGCCGCAAUUGGAGGUCAAACUGUACUUUGA